AUGAUCCCAAAUAGAAAAAUUCUUAACAAAAAAACUUUUACUCUUUAUUAUUUAGACACUAUUAUAUCAGACUCUAUCUAUCUAUCUAUCUAUCUAUCUAUCUAUCUAUCUAUCUAUCUAUCUAUAUAUAUAUAUAUAUAUAUAUAUAUUCAUGAAUUAUUCACACAAAAAACAAAUGCAAAGGGCGUCAAAUUCCAUGAGAUCAGGCGAAGCGGUGGUGCUCGUCCCUCAGUUCAGUAUCGUCUGUGCAGUCUCUCUCUGUUGUGUCUCUCUGUUGUAGUGUCUCAGAGUUCUUUCUUUCUCAAUGAAAAACGAAUAUCUUUUUCUUUCAUUUUCCUUUCUCUGGUCAUCGGUAUAUCUUCAGUCUAUCUGAAAUUAGUGUUUUUCUGCCUUCUAUUUUUUGUUUCUCUCAAUAAAAGUAUUAUCCUUUUCUUUUCUUUUCCUUCGUCUGGACAUCUUCUUCUCUUCAGUCAAUCGGAAAUUAGUGUUUUUCAAUUUACUAGGCUUUGCAAUGGUUUCACAUCUUUUCUGUAUUUGUAA